AUGACUCCUGUAGGCGAGGAUAGCGAUCAGACUUCAUUUUUUCCAGAUGAAGCUGGAACCGCACAGCUGCUAGGAAUUGGAUCUUUGGCAGAAAUCGAUGGCGAUGCAGAGGAUCACUUUUCGGAAUCUGAUGAUUCUGACAAAGAAGAUGAUGAAAUCAAACCUGAUGACAAUCUAAUUCUAGCGGGGAGAGUAGAAGAGGAUGCAAGUACAUUAGAAAUUUAUGUAUACAAUCCGACAGAAGAAUCCCUUUACGUUCAUCACGACUUUAGUCUAUCAGCAUAUCCCUUAUGCUUGGAGUGGUUAGACUACGAACCAGGUCAUUCUGCAGGGAACUACUGUGCUAUAGGGUCCAUGAAUUCUAUUAUCGAUAUUUGGGAUUUAGACAUAAUUAAUUGCAUAGAACCCGCUUACAAGCUGGGAAGGAAACCUAGUAGAAAAAAAGGUUUAAGUAGGAUAGGCCACUCAGACGCGGUAUUGAGCUUGGCUUGGAAUAGUAAUUUUCAUCAUGUGCUUGCUAGCGGCUCAGUUGACAGGAGUAUUUUGCUGUGGGAUUUGGAUUCCGGAGAACCUGCAACCACUAUCAACGCUUUUACGGAUAAAGUGCAGUGUUUGGAAUGGAAACCAGAUGAAUCACAAACAUUACUCGCAGGCGGUUGUGAUAACACGGUCAAAUUAUUUGAUUGCAGCAAUCCAGAAAAUUACAAAACAUGGCAAACUAGCGGUGAAGUUGAAUCGCUUGCUUGGAAUCCAAUAGAGUCUUCCUCAUUCUGUGUUGGAACAAAUACUGGAGUAAUUCAUUGCUUUGAUUAUAGACAAGAAUCUCCUAUUUGGACUAUACCGGACGCGCACGAAAAGGAGGUUACCGGCUUGAAUAUUAGUGAUCGAUAUGCAGGGUUUCUCGUAACCGCAUCUGCUGAUGGAUUGGUAAAGGUGUGGGAUUAUACAGCAAGUAAUCAACCCCGUAUGAUUUCCGACAAAGAUUUUGGCAUGAAUUUGGUUCACUGUUUGGCAUUGUGUCCAGAUUGGCCAUUUGUGAUCGCUGCGGGUGGUGAUAAUAAAAUGAAUAAUUUUUCGGUAUACGAUUUACAAAAUUCUGACGCUGUUCGAAACACAUUUCAGUCUAGAGAGGUGACUCAAACGCCAUGUGGAGCAACAGAUGAACCAAUGACAUGAAUUUGUGUAUAAAUAAGUACCUAAUAUAUUUUGUUUAUUGAAA